AUGGUGAACAUUUCAGAAAUGCCAGGUAAUAUCCAAUUACAGCAUAACAGCCUUGGGAGCCUGGCUGUAACCCAGACAAUAUCCCAUGCACAAAUGCCCUCCAGCCUUGCCAAACUUAUCAUGAAAAUUACUGGCACAUUUUUGAUGCAAAUGAGUGUAUUAGAACAGGUGUCUAAGGACAAGCAGCUUCCCGAUUCCUACACGUGCGAAGUGUGUGGUCGAAAUUUCAAGGAGGCAUCACACUUCACCAAACACAAGCGAGGAGCAUUAUGUAGAAAAUUAGCCCAGAGGAUGGCCAAGAAAUCAAAGAAGAAGAAGAGCUCCACUGGCCAGGAGCUCUCAGAUAGAAGAAACAAACAAGUAUUACUCCACAAACCAUAUCAGUGUAAUGUGUGUGGUGCCAAAUUCUGUGACAAGGUGAAUGUGGAACUACACCUUGAAAGGCAGCACAACAGUCAGCAGCAGUUAUGGGUUGAAGUGGCCAAAAAUGGGGGAUUCUCCUGUGCAGAGUGUGAUAGAUGGUUCAAGAUAAGGGGAAUUUAG